CGUGGAGGCCUGGAGGGUGGGGGACCAAUGCUUCGUGAUCUAACAUACUCUGUUUGGGCUUCCACAAGCUUAUAGUCCAUGGGCCUCAUAGUUGGAGGAUAGGCCCAAUUCAUAAAAGCCCAUUCAUCGGCCCAAAUAUUAUGGAAGCGUCACGUGUCUCUUCUCUAGAUUUCGCGGGCUACGAUAAUUCGAGAGAGUGAAACAGUAGUGCGACGAAAAUGAUCCAAUCCUCUCGAAUGGCUGUCGUUAUUACACACCGCUCACGUUAUCAUCUCCACUAUAUAUGUACGUAUGUAUAAUCCUCUCUCUCUCUCUCUCUCUCUAAAAUAUUUUCUUAAUCUAAGAAUGGCAGCGCUGCAGUAUCUGGCUUUCCCUUCUCCAAUUUCUCGUUGUUGCAGUUACCCGCGCUCUGUCUCAGGAUUUUCGAUAGGAGCUAUUAACUCUAGCUUGGGUUCAUCAUUCAAUGGUCAAUUUUUGUGCCUGCGUCAAUCAAAUUUGUUGAAACAAACCAGAAUAAGGAACACUCCUAGGCUAAGUGUUGUGAUGAUGAAGCCAACGAUUCAGUUUAUUCAGGGGACUGACGAGCAAACAAUCCCAGAAGUGAAGCUAACCAAAUCAAGGGAUGGAACCAAUGGAAUGGCUAUUUUCUCAUUUACAGAACCAUCUGUUUUCGACUCCUCUAGUGUAGUUGGUGACAUCACCGGAUUCUUCAUGAUUGACGAGGAAGGAACACUCCAGUCAGUUGAUGUGAGCGCCAAGUAUAUAAAUGGAAAGCCAGCUGGUAUUGAGGCCAAAUAUGUAAUGCGGUCUCCUAAAGAGUGGGACAGGUUUAUGAGAUUUAUGGAGAGGUAUGCCAGUGCAAACGGAUUGGCUUUUGUCAAGAAGUGAGGCAGUGCAUCUUCUUUCCUUGUACAUUUUUCAAUUUAUUCUCCUUGUUGAAUUCCAUGAGGCUAUAAUUUGGUGGAAUGCAAGUGUUGGUUAGAGGGAUGAUUUGUUUGCUGCUUGAUUCCUAUGUUUGAAGGAUUUUUGUUUUCCUUGA